CCUCUUUUCUUAUUUCUUACUGAUUACUAUGAAUCAAGCUUCUCGGGGUUCUCGCGUUGUGUUUGUUGGCAACAUUCCUUUUGAGCUUUCAGAAGAACAAUUGAUUGAAGUGUUCAAAGAAGUUGGUCCUGUUGCUUCUUUUCGUCUCCUUUUUGAUCGAGACACUGGUAGACCUAAAGGUUAUGGUUUUUGUGAAUUCCUAGAUGCGGAAACAGCAGCGAGUGCAGUUAGAAACUUGAAUGAUUAUGAAAUUGGAGGACGCCAGUUACGUGUUGAUUAUGCUGCUAUGGAUGACAAUCAAGGUAGACCUAGUGGUUACAAUCAAAGUAGGGGAAAUCAUCACUCUCAGCAGCAGCAACUACAACAGCAACAACCUCCACUACUACCUCAAGCGACUAUAGUAUCACAACCACUUCCAGCCAUAACACCACCUCAAAACUCGCUACAAAGCUCCCUAACUCCUUCGCAAGUACCAGUGAAUGUCUCUUCUGCUAAUCUGUCUUCAGUGGAUGAGAUAUCGAAAGUGCUUGCUUCUAUGAAUUCCCAAGACUUAUUUACGUUAAUGAGUCAAAUGAAGCAAAUGUCCUUCGAAAGACCUGAUUUUACGAAAGAAUUUUUGACUUCAAAUCCUCAAGUCGCUUAUGCUUUAUUCCAGGCUAUGAUUAUGAUGAAUAUUGUAGAUCCUAACAUCAUCACUCGUAUUAUGACUUCAGCAAUGACACCUGCUGUACCCGUAAUGCCCAUGGCACAACCUCAGCCUAUACGUCAGCAAGUGAAUACACCACCUAUGUCCCAACCUAUGCCAAUUGUGCCCACUAAUCCAGAAGAUGAUCCAGAACAUCAAAAAGCAGUAUUGAUGCAAGUUUUGCAAUUAACAGACGAACAGAUCAGUUUACUUCCUGCUAAUACCAGAGAACAGAUUAGACAGCUGAAAAGUCAACUGACUAUGCAAUAA